AUGGAUAGGGUAUAUACUCACGACUUAGAAAAGCUAAAAUACGAAGAUGGUAUUGCAAGAUUAGCAACCUUUGAGGUACACGGUCGUAGUUCAAUCUCAAAGCUAGGAUUUGGAAAUGAUGAUAUCAAAUUAAUACAUGGGAAUGAAGGACCAGAAAAAAGAGGAAUAGCAGCUAAGCGGGACCUCAGCUUAAACCGAUUAGUUAAGAUAUUUGAGCCUAAAUUGAAAACCAUUAACAGCUUGCCGCUGGAAAGUUGUAAUGAUUCGUGCAAAAAUGUUUGUCAAAAUUGUUUGGCGGCAAGUACGUUCAUAGACGACGAAGUGCCAAAUUUUGUUGGAUAUGAAAAAUCAAGUCCAGAGGGUAUCGAAUCAUGUAUAAGCUCUAAGAUGGUAACUUGUGAAAGAUGUCGUAUUUACAAGUAUUGUAAUCAGGAGUGUUAUAAUGCUCAUUGGAAUCAAAUACACCGAUACGAAUGCCAAUUAUUUGGCCAAAUAAUGAAAAAUAGUCAAUUUAAAGAUGAAGAUAGUCUUUCAGAAUUUAUUAGGCAUGGGAUUAAAUUAUAUAUUCUAUGUGAUCUUGACCGAGCAUACAAAUCUCGAGUAUUUGACCUAACGUCACACAGUAGCAUCAUAGACUCUGACGACGAAUAUUCUUGGUUACAUGAGUAUACUAAAUGUAUUGUAAGAGCAAUAGAUUUGAAUAUGGAUUCCAAAUUAUAUGGCUAUAUUUGGAAACUUUUAUGCAUUAUAUUGGUCAAUUCUAGUGUCCUUAUGAACGAAUACCAAGAGGCGAUAGGUUUCAGUUUUGAUCCAGAUUUUUCGUUAUUAAACCAUUCCUGCAUUCCUAACACACUAGUUAUACCCUUAAAUCAUUCAAAAUUUUCUUUGGUAGCUACAUUUCCAGUUGCUGAGAACAAGGAAAUUUUAACCAAUUAUUGCUUUACAAGCUGCCCUAAGGAAUUGAGAAAUCUGGAAUUGCAAAGGAGAUUUUUCUUCCGCUGCAAUUGCAUUUUGUGCAAACAGAAAUUCGACUGGUUUUUUUCAUACAACUGUUCUGCGUGUGGUAUGUUAUUAUGUAGCUUAACUUUCAAAGACUUUUUCUCUGAUGAUUUAUCUAAAGGUUUGGUGUUUAAAAAUCAAUAUAAUGUUGAUUUUUGCAGCAAUUGUGGAAAACUCAUCAAUAAAGAUGUUCUCAAAGAAACAAGAAAAAGUCAUCAACAAUUACUAGCGAUAAUCUUAUAUGAUCUUUACAAUAAUAGUUUGGAUUAUAAACUGGAUGAUACUCAUAUUAGUAAAGAAAAGUUCUAUGAAAAAAUUAAAAAAUUUAUGAUUGACGUUGACUUAGUUAAUCUUUCAGGAGACAAACUAAUUGAAUUUAUCGAUUCACUUCAAUUAUCAACAUAUAAAGUACCAUCACAUAGCUUGAAUAAUAUUAGAAGCAUUUGCAUAUAUCUUCGUCAAAAUAAAAUCGUCCCAAGCUAUUGCUUUCCAUUGAAUUAUGUUAUUUCAGGAUUUAAUGAAUACGACUUAAUUUCAUAUAUUGGGAUUUCCAACUUGGACAAAGAUUAUUACGUUCAGUGUCUUGCGAUGAAACUCAAAAUAGAUAUGCAAACGUAUUUUGAAGUCAAAAUUCCGGGAGAUCUAACAGAUCUGAAAAUAUCAACAAUGAUAUACUUCAAAGAUAUAAGUCAACAACUACUCACAUUAGCAGAGGUUAUUAUUAAAUAUGCCAUUGAUAUUCCUAUUAUGAAUGAAUGGAUUAAAGAUAAAGAACAACUCCUUGAAACAUUAAUAAAGUGUGCAUCAUUUCUUAAUUUACAAGCAAUUGAUGCAUAUUUACCACUUUCCAUAAUGAAUAACAACUAUACAAUGCUUUCUCAAUUAAUCGACAUCGGCAAACAAAUAAGGUAUUUGAGUACGAGUAAAAAUGUCAAGAGUAUUCCAAAGGAAAUACCCAUAUGGUAUAACAAAAAUCCAAGGAACUUCGAUGACCAAAUGUUCGUUACACACUUGAAAGAAUUAUUCAAGUUUGCCGAUAUACCUAUUACAUACAAAAACUCAAAUUUCAAACUUCAGUUCGCAGAUAGGAAUAGAAAGCCGCUCUUUAAACCUGUCCUUCUAUUGAAAAGUAAAGAUAUGGACUCACUCCAAAUAACCAACGCAUGUAGCAAUGAAUAG